AUGGCCAACCCACCACGCACACAGCAGGUGCCGCAGCAUGUCACCGCGCUCCUCUCCCACCUCACCUCCCGCCCAGGAGUGCAAUCUACGCUGAUCCUCUCCCGCAAAGACGGCUCCAUCAUCCAGCGAACAGGCCAGCUCGCCCCUCAAGAAUCCAGCCAACCGCGUCCUACACCCAUCGCACCCAGCGAACAAACACUCUCCCCCUCCGACUCAGCACCCGCCCCACCUGCUCCCUCAGCUCCAUCACACCAAAUCUCGCAGGCGGAGGCACUAGCCGCUCACAUCUUCGCCUUUGUCACAAGCGCAUCCGCACUAGAAGCUUCACUCUCCAGACCUAUCACCCAGCAAUCGAACGAGAUCCCUCCUACCUCUGUGGGAUUGGAUGGAUACGAUACCUACUCAAAUGGCACCCACAAUCCGCAGGAGGACCGAGAUGGCGAGAGUACUGACCGGGAGGACGAAGAGGUGAAGCUGCUGCGCAUGCGAACCCGGAAACAUGAGAUUGUCGUGGUGCCGGAUCGAAAGUACCUGCUUUGUGUUGUGCACGAUGCUUCGCAUGCGAACGGAGGACCUAGUGCACGGGGUCCUCGUUCUUCUCGGUAA